AUGAAAGAAAUAGGUUCAACUAAAGUAUUUUUAAUUAAUCAAGCGUUGAUGCCUACAGUAAAUCAAUAAGAUUUAGAGAUGCUCGGAAGUGAAUUAGAAUAAAAAACAGAAGAAUACAAGUAAAUUGCUUAAUAAAAUGCCAAACUAAGUGAUUAACUUAAAAAUUUAUCUAAAAUACCAACAUUGUAAGAAUUGUUGGACAUAAAAAAUGAGUUUAAAUCUAAAAUUAAAGAAAUAGAAAAUAAAUUAUUGUAGUAUGAAGAUAAAAAUUAUAAAAUGGCUACUGCAGAGGAAACUUUAUUAGUAGAAAAUGAGUACUAAAAUAUGAUGAAUAUUUGUAAAAAGAGAAAAAAUAUUUAUCAUGAAGCAAUUGGAUCAUUGCUUUCUGAAAGCGAUUUGACAAUUUAAUAAUUUGAGAAAAUAGUUGGUAAUUUUAGAGAUUGA